AUGGCCAUGAUUCAGAAUGCCGCACGCACCGCUGACAGCUCUGGGAUCCCGCCGGAACUGUUUGGUUCCCUGCAGGAGUUCUUCGCAUGCACGAUCAUUGGGUUUCCGAUAGCUACCACGAUAUAUGGCAUCACGGUACUGCAAACGUACUUGUACUUUCGCCGCUACCCAAAGGAUAGCGUGGCGCUGAAGUCAUUGGUCGGCGGUUUGUGGGCGCUGGACACGCUGACCAUCGUCUUAAUCUCACACGCCAUCUAUAACUUAUUCGUGUUGAAUCUGGGCCAUAUAGCAGACGACGUCGACCUACCAUGGAGUGUAGCUCUCGAGAUAGUUGUAACAAACAUCAUCACAGUAGCAGUGCAGUACUACUUCGCGGACCAGCUGCACAAACUAAGCCACGGAAACAAGCUCCUUCCUGCCGCCAUAAUCCUCCUAACAAUUCCAACAAUCGUUGUCGGCAUCUUCACCCUAGUCGAAACAUUCCGUGACAUUGCGGACGGUGUGCGACUUUUCCCCGAAACGAGCCCGCUCGUGUCGCUCCUCGGCGGGGUGCAGGCAGGGCUCGCGCUACUCUGCGACAUGCUCAUCACCGGCGGGCUCUGCUUCCACUUCCGCAGCGCGCGCGUCGUGGGCGGUCGGGCGCGCACGAACGCGCUCGUGGAUAAGCUCAUGGUGUACGCGAUCCACCGGUGCGCGCUGACGACUGUCAUCCAAGGAGCGUGCUUGGUCACGCUCGUCACGCUCCCGCGCAGACAUGUCUACAUCAUCUUUUCUAUGAUGAUCGGCAAGCUCUACGUGAACUCGCUUCUAGCAAGCCUGAAUGUGCGCGCGUCGCUAAACCGCGCCGCGCUCGCGGACACGACUGUCAGUGCGGCGACUACCACUACCACGCUCCGAUUCCGCGGCGACCCCUACACGGUCCCUAGCACGGACGGCGAAUACAGCGUGACAGCGGGCGGGGCUGGCAUUGUUAUAGGUUCUGAGCAGGGCUGGGAUAAUGCAGAGAGGUCGAGGCUAGCUGCACCGCGCAUGCUGGUGUCGCGCUCGUCCGCGAGCUCACUAGGUAGUGGUGAAGAGAUGCAGAUCAAGAUGCGCGAGCACGUCGAAAAUGCGGCCUGACCCGUCUGAUGAAC